AAUAUAAUUAUUUAUUGCCUGUCACUUCUUACUAAUAAACUUCACAAUGUCAACAUUUUGUAACCUGACGUAUGUAACACUAAAGCGAUUUCAAAAAGUUGUGUCUGAUUGUGCGAUAGGCGUCAGUCGAACGUAGUUGGACUAAACAUUAGAAUGUUAUGAAUAUACUAAGCGAUCUUUGUAAUUACGACAGGGUAUAGCUUUUGUAAAUUGUAUAAUAGAUCAGAAAAUGGGUAAUUAAAAAAAUGUAACGAUUAAAGAUCAAGAGUAUUAAAAGUAUUGAAAGUAGCAAAAGAAGUAUUGGAAUUAAGAUUGCUUUCUCCUAAUUGCUUUAACAUUGAUUGUGGACUAAUUUUGUGAAUCAAUUUUUAUCACGGUUGUGUUACGUGACAGAAUUAUGAAGUCAUUGUAAAAGAUAUGUUCCAACUUAAAUACAACUUUCAUAGCUGAUGGGGAUACACACAGAUACAAACUGUAUAUGCAAUACAAAUAUUUAUAGUUUAUAAUAAUAGUUAAUUUGUUAGUAUUAACUGUACUUAAAAAGUUGUUCCAACGAGGAAAAAAUUAUCUUAACAGUGAUUAUUCUUGUCGAGAGCAAGGCGAAUAUGGUGAAGAAAUUUUUUUUCCUGGCGGCAUUUUUUCUUCUUACUUUACAAAGUUAUCUGAUAAUUCGGAGAAUGAAUGAACCUAUAAAACCAAUAGUUGUACCACAUAAGAAUAUGAUUGAAAAAGACGCAGUAAUAACAAUCAAAACUGAAUCAAAUGCCGAAAGUGCUACUUCAGGACUGGAGAACUAUAAAGCUAUACAAAAACCAUGUCUAGGCAAUAUGUUAUGGAAAGAAAGAAAGCAAAAUAAACAGUAUCCGAGAACAGAUUUUGAUAAUACGCAAGUUUUUUUAACAUCUGACGAUUUGAGAGGUUCGGUUACAAUAAAUAUUUUAACGUACGCAAACGGAGAAAGAAAACAUGUUGGUGGUGAUUUUUGGUGGAUGGAAAUACAUGGCAACAAUUCUAUGUAUUCUUAUAUUAGAGAUAAUGCAGACGGUACUUAUGAGGCGCGAUUUCAACUACCCGAGCCUGGUAGGUAUGAGAUAGACUUGACUUUAGAAUUUAGUCAAUGUGAUGGACUGCGCGAUCCUCCUGAAUGGUGGUUUCGCAAUGGAGAUGGACGUGGCAAACACCAAAAAGCAAAGCUUGAUAAGCUUGAUGACUUCAUUGGGAGAAAAAAAAAGUUUUAUGUUAAAAAGGAAUCACUUGAACCACUUAAAAUAAGAACGAGAGUGAACAUGAAUGACUUAGCUUGCACUUAUAUUAACCCUAGACAUGGCUACUGGAAGCUUUCUGGUGGCAAGGAGGAAUACAUUGCUAAAAUGAAACCAAUAAAACAAAGAAAUGUGACAGAAAACAGAAAUACACUUUGGGUUUAUGGCGAUUCUGUUGGGAUGAGAUUUUUUAAAUAUCUGAAAACCAACCAUUCAAUCUGCCGUUAUUUCAAUCAUUGUGAAAACACAUACGCAUGGAUAUAUCCAAUUUUUCCGGACUUGAUCAAGAAUGGUCACAAAGAUUUUAAUGAAACUAUUACAUUAACGAGGUUUGAAAGUAUUCUGACAAAUAUAAAAAUGGCGAGCAAUCGAAGUAUAUUGUUGAUAAACUUUGGAUUGCAUGUAAUGAUGGAUCUGUCAUUUCACGAAGCAUCCCAACUUUUCUUAAACUUUAUAAAACUCAAAAACAAGUUGAAAAAAACGCAGGAAAUGCCAAAAAUUAUUUGGAAAACUACAACUCCUGUUCUUGAUAAAAAAAAGUAUAUGGAUGCUAAUAGAUUUCUAACAAAACAACGUAUUAUUCUAUGGAACGCGUUUACAAAAGAGGUUGCUUGUAAAGAAGGAAUACCCAUCCUUGAUGUGUAUGAACUGGCUGCCUCAAAUCCCGCCGAGAGUUUCGAUGGCGUACAUUUUAAUAUUGGGUUUUUUGAACACGCUGCAUUAGCCUUCGAAUUUUAUCUCAAUCGUGAACAUUAA